AUGAUUGCAUUCACUGGUUACACACAGGUCGUGGCAUACCACGAAGUGACUGAAUCAGGCACAACGACGAGCUUCGAGAAUCUGAAGGAUAACACAACAGUACAAACAGGGAUGACGAUAGCCAAUUUUCUGGAGGCAACGGCCAGCCAACUGACCCUUUACGGCAUACAACAGCUCAGAAGUCGACUGAGGAAUGGUGAUUUGGGUACGUGUGAGAGCAUCAACAAUGCGCCACCCACUUAG